AUGGGAGCAGAAGAUCAAUCUCAGUGUAUAUAUGCUCCCAGUCAGAUGGCCUCAGGUCCUAGUGGGGGCAUCUGCUCUACAGGUUGCUGCCAUCACAUUCAGACUGCCAUGAUUGAAGAACUCCAAGGAAACUUCUCAUAUACAAAAUUCUUAUUUAUGGGAUUUCCAGAGAUCUACAAAUACAGACGUCUCCUGUUCCUGCCAUUUUUUCUAAGUUACGUUUUGGCUGUGGUGGGGAAUUCUUUGUUACUUUGUGUGAUCAGAAAUACAGAAAGCCUUCACAGUCCUAUGUACAUACUCGUAUCUGCUUUGGCGGUUGUCGACAUCAUUGUACCCACCGCAAUUAUCCCAGCAAUGCUUCUCAGCUUCCUCUUUGACUUGAAUGAAAUCUCUUUAACUGGAUGUUUGACACAAAUGUUUGUUACUCAUUUCUUUUCUUCCGUAGAAUCCACCAUACUUUUAGCUAUGGCUUUAGAUCGCUUUGCCGCCAUUUGCAAGCCAUUGCAUUACACUGAAAUCAUGAACUCAUCAAUGUUUUUGAAAGUGCUUCUUUUCACACUGAUCAGGAGCGGCGCAAUAAUGUUAGCGCUGGUCGCUUUGGCUGCACCUUUGUCUUUUUGUAAGUCUAACGUUAUCCAUCAUUGCUACUGUGACCACAUGGCUCUUGUCAGCUUGGCAUGUGAUUCAAUAAGCAAAAAUAAUGCAAUGGGACUGGUUGUGAUUAUCUGUUUUGUGGGAAUCGACAUAUCCGUUAUUUUCUUCUCCUAUGUCAAAAUCUUGCAUGUGGUGCUUGUAUCUGCAGCCGGAGAGGAUCGUUGGAAAGCGUUUCAUACCUGCGGUACACACUUAAUGGUUAUGAUGUGUUUUUAUUUUGUAGGUAGUAUUACCUUUCUCUCUCGAAAUCUUAACAUUCCAAUCCCAAUUGAUGUUAAUACCUUUCUGGGUGUGAUGUAUAUAGUAUUUCCAGCAAGUGUCAAUCCAAUCAUUUAUGGUGUACGGACAAAAGAAAUAAGGAAUGCUUUAUUGAAGAUGUUCAAAGCAAAUAUUAAUAGGGUUUCCAUUGGAAAGAUUUUACGGUAA